AGAUUCAGCAGCUGUCGCUCGUCUUCCUCGCCGCCGGGAGGCACGAGACCUCCGUAUGUGAGGGUUUUGCCUCUUCCUCCGGCGACCGGAUCGGAGGUGGCCGCGGCCGUGGUCGGGUUCCGGACGGGGCUUUUCUUGCGAUGGAGGCGGCCGCCGCCAAGCAGGCCCGCACGGCCCGCGGCUCGGCACCGGACCGGCUGAGCGCCCUGUCGGACGAGCUCCUCUGCCACGUCCUCUCCUUCCUCCCGUCCCGGCAGGCGGUGCAGACCACCGUGCUGUCUAAGAGGUGGAUGGAUCUGUGGCGUUCAGCAGCAGCGAUUUCAGAGGAGGCCACUGGUGGAGGAAGCUGCAGGAUUUCACCAACAACUUGCUGAUGCUCAACAACGCCCGCUGCCUGGACGCUUUCCGGCUCGACUUGUUUUGGGCUACUGAGUUUCCCGAUCUGUGUCGCGACACCGAGAGAUGGGUCCGCCGUGGCAUCAAGUGCCAGCCUCCUGUGUUCCAGAUUCGUGUUUACCGCGACAUCUUCAGGUACCACUUCCAGAUCCCCCGCCUUGGCUCCGGCUUUCAUCUCCUCAAAAGCUUGGAGCUUGUGGGUGUCUUUGGACCCUUGCUUCUCGGAGCGGCUCAGUUCUGGAUGCCCAGUCCUGGAAGAUUUGCUCCUCCACAACUGUGCCAACAACUUUGCUGUCGUUCAAUCCGACACGCUCAGGAACUUGGUAGUUCGUGCUUGUACAAGUCGGGUUGCAGAUACAUUGGUCGUCAGGGCUCCUUGUCUAGCUUCCAUGUUCCUGGACUCUAGUUGCUACAACAAUGGUCUGUCGUUAGAGGCAGGAAAUUCCCUUGUCAAGGCAUCAAUUUCUGUAAUGCCUGAACAGUUAUCUCCAAGAACUGAAGCCAUUCUUCUUGGCAGUCUAUUCAGUGUGACAAGUUUGGAGUUGCAAUUCUUUCAAGCAAUGGCUUUCUUAGAUAACGAGUUAGAUAAGUUCCCAAUGUUCGACAACCUGAGAACCUUGUCUCUCAGCUACUGUUUCUUCAGCGAACGGGAUGCUGAUAAAUUGAAGGCUCUUGGGAGAUUUCUGCACAAGUCUCCAAAUCUGGAGGAGCUUAUUUUGCAGGAUUUCUGGCUCCCAAAAGUUUCCAUGGGACGGAAAGGAAAGGCCAAGCUGAAGAAGACAUAUCCUCGGUUUGGGAACCUUGUGCGGUUCCAAUGCCGGAAGCUGAAAUAUACUGAAAUCAUAUAUGAGAAGGGUGUCAAAAUCCAGGAGCUGGUCAGUUUUUUGCGGGCAUCUCAGGCUCUGCAACAAAAAAUAAUAUAACGCUCACCAAAGUUUGAAGAAAUGAAGAACCUAUGAGGCUGAGGUUUGCCUCGAACUUGCUAGGCAGUAGACUAUCUUAGCUUUCAGACGUACUACCUGUUGUAAAACAUAUGGUCAACAAGUUUAUCCUCUCAGCCUUUAUCUGGAUGACUUAAUCCCUUUUUGCGUUUGCCAUGGAGCGUGUGUGGAGACCAAGACCAUCAAUGCAUGAAGUGCUAAAUAAAAGGAAGUCAUGAUAAAUGGAUGAUGAUUUACAGUAAUAGUUUUUUCAUGACCUUCCGCUAACAAUUGCAUGCUUACAAAGAAAAAGGCAUGCAUUGAUAUAUAUAGCCCGAUGCUGCUGGGUCUUGAUGCCGCUCAAAGUGAUUCAUCGUGACCUAACAAUUCCGUUGCCUUUUCCCCUUCAUUCACGAGGUCUAUGCAUAUGGGGGGCACAAGAUGGACUCUGAAUGAUGAAGCAUUGGAGAAAACCAAUAUACCAUGAUAAGUUUUACAUUUUCAUCCCACCCAGCUCAUGUGGAAGGUACGGCAGACGAAGAUCCAGGAGCAUUCAAUUUGCAAUUGCAGAUAAGUUUUACAUGUUCAUCUCACCCAGCUCAUGUGGAAGGUACGGCAGACGAAGAUCCAGCAGCAAGUUGACUUUGGUGCCUUUAACCACUCCUGGUGUUGUCAAUACCCAAUUGUGCCCUCUGAUACGCUUGGAUUAGUUAGUGUGGCAAUGCCUGCAUCUCAGAGACAGUGUGGAGAGAGUGAUUGACUGAUUAUUGUUAUAAACUGUAUAGAAAAUCAACUUAUGUAUACCAACAUCUGUUGUGUUGUUGUACGGCACUGUUUUAGAAAUUGUUCUUCUUUUAACCAUCUUUGUCAA